UUCCCAAAUUGUAAAGUAACUAUUUGACAGCUGUCCAAAUCUUUAAAGUUCCAAAAUUCAACUUUGUAAACCAAAUUUAGAAUUAAGAAAAUUAGUGUAGCAUUGUUACACCACCUCGAAUACUAUUCGAAUUGGAAGAGUGAAUGUUAUGAUUUAUUACACGUAUUAAUCGAAAGAGGUUAUUAAAACAACGGUUUUAAAUAGGAAAAACAGUCUACGAUGGCAUUAAGAUACGCACGUCAGGCUUUUAAAACAAUAUGUAUUCGCGAAAGAUGUAACCAUCAAAGAAUGUUAAGUACCAGUCAACCAUUGAGACUGGGAAUGAUUCCUAUAGUCGUUGAACAAACUGGAAGGGGCGAACGAGCAUACGAUAUUUAUUCAAGACUUCUACGCGAACGAAUAAUUUGUUUAAUGGGUCCUAUUAAUGAUGAAAUAAGUUCUUUAGUGGUAGCUCAACUUUUGUUUUUACAGUCGGAGUCUAGCAAGAAGCCAGUGCACUUGUAUAUAAAUUCUCCAGGAGGUAAUGUCACGGCUGGCUUAGGAAUAUAUGAUACAAUGCAGUAUAUAACUCCACCAGUUGCAACUUGGUGUGUUGGCCAAGCAUGCAGUAUGGCAUCACUCCUCCUAGCAGCAGGGGCACCAGGUAUGCGUCAUGCCUUGCCUAACUCUAGAAUAAUGAUCCAUCAACCAUCAGGAGGUGUGAGAGGUCAAGCCACAGAUAUUCAAAUUCAAGCAGAAGAGAUUUUGAAGUUAAAAGCUCAGAUUAAUGGAUUGUAUGUGCGUCACACUGGCUUGCCAGUUGAGAAGGUUCAAAAUUCAAUGGAGCGUGACUAUUUCAUGUCACCAUCAGAAGCUAAGACAUUUGGAUUGAUUGACAAUAUAUUGGAACAUCCACCGUCUCAUGCAAUGGAAAAUGAAUCUGCUAGUAGCCCAACUGCAACAUCUAGUGAAUGAUCUUUAUAUUGUGAUAAUAUAAUGUAUUCUAUAAUGGUUAAUUGAGGUGUUAAAUAUAUUUAUGUAUUUUUAAUUUCUCUUAUUUUCUUGAUAUUUUGAUUCAAGUUGGUAAUGAAAAA